GUUCAAUGUUAUACAGUUGAUAUCAGUCGAGAGGUACCCUUAGCCGUCACUGGUCGUCGCAAUCUGAAGUUCAAUCAAUCCGUUGUUGGUUGCCAGUCAGACUCAGCAAACUACCGUGAUGGACGUGACCGGCAGCGUGGGGGCCGGUCCAAAACCCGAUCGCGUGGAUGCCAAAGGAAAUCUCCAGCAGUCUGACAGUGAAAGUGAAGACGCUAAACCCAUCGAAGAGACGCUCGAAGAAGUCCCAAAGCGGAAAGGAUCCGGUUAUCUGUACACACCGAACGGUCCGACCGCCAAGGCCUACUCGAUGAACGGAUCCAAACGUGGGAGGGUGCUGAUCUUCAACCACGUCAAAUUUGAAGACCCCAGUUACGACGAACGGGUUGGAACGAAUCGAGACGUUGAUCGACUGUACAAGGUGUUGCCACGAUUGGGAUUUUCGCAGGAAGAUAUAGAAGUGUACGAAGACUACAGCUACAGCGAAAUCAAUCGCAUUGCCGUUAAGCUGGAAUAUGACAAAGAUCUGAAGCAAGCGGAUUGUUUGAUGGUGUUCAUACUGACGCACGGCGAGGAGGGAGACAAGUUGAUGGCCCAAGACGAUUCGUACAAUUUGUACAAAUUCUUGGAGAACUUCACCCCGACGUCGCUGAACUCGAUGGCCGGAAAGCCGAAGUUGUUCUUCAUCCAAGCAUGCCGCGGCAGCAAGCUAGAUCGAGGAGUUCAGCUAAGGGCUCAGUUGAUCCAAGCCGACUGCAUCAAGGAUUUUACCGAUUCGCAAUCGGAAACCUAUACCUACCCGGAGUUCGCCGAUCUACUGAUAGUUAUGAGCUCCCAUCACGGCCACUACUCAUUCCGCAACGAAACCGGAAGCUGGCUGAUUCAGGAACUGUGCAACGUGAUCGAAAGCUGUGAACCAUUGGAAACGAUUUCCAUCUACGAUAUUCUAACGGAAACGAACGAUGCCGUUUCGAAGCGUAUCAGCAAUGCCGACGGGGAAAAGGACAAGAAGAAGCAAAUACCCAGUUUCUACUCGACGCUGACCAAGAAGUUGUAUUUCGGUCCGCUGGAGUAGGUGUUCACAGUGUUAGCACAUUUAUGGAUUUUUGUGAGUUCGAAGCAUACUUAUUCGUAGCGUUUCAAAAGAUGUAAGCAGCACGAAGCUCUUUUAUGAAGAUAUUCCACGCAUUAGGGAUCCCAUGGAUGAUAUCAAUAAUGUUUGUUUAUGUACUAUAGGAGUAGAUAGUUUGUAAAAUUACCAAUAAAUGUGAAAUUGACAAUAUGAUA